ACUCGUUAGUCGGUUAAUAACAAUGCAUUGCAGUUACAAACCAGCCCCGCUUUCACCGCUCUGUUUUGAAACCUUCCCACCACCGGAUGUAUCCUCCAUAAUUCCCAUCCACCACUUUGUUGGAUUCCGGCAGCAAGUCGACCCAAUCUAACCAAACGAAAAACGAAGAGAGACAAUAUCCAACACACAACAACAGUUACACAAAACUCAGAAAACAUUAUCGGUCACGCCGCAGAAGAAAGAUCCUGUUCGCUCUUUCUUUACCUUCAAUGGAGGAAAGGAAAGGAGAUGCUAGAGUCUCUGUCAUCUCCACCCUUUUCUUCGUCUGCAUUAUUGCCGGCGGAGUACUUCUUUUCCUUUACAUGCUUCUACCUGAAGAAAAAUCCCAACCAUGGUUCCCCUUUGCAGGAAUGGUGCUUGUGGCUAUUCCAUGGGCGUUUUGGAUCACGACGUGUAUCUACAGAUGCUUUAGGCCCGCCGCUGCCACGCAUACUGGGGACAGCGGUCACUAUGCCAAGGCAGGCAGCAGCCGGGCUGCCACCAUCCCCAGCACGAGCAGCGCAUUGACAGCUGGCAUUGCAUCAUCAGCUACAGACUCCCCUGUUCAUUCACCUAAUGGUGACCGAAGGGUGCAGUUUGCCGGGGUGGUUGUAAUGGGGAACGAAGAUCAGGGUGGACACGGAGGCCAGAAUGGAAAAGACAACCAUCAUCAAGCCAUAGACAUGGAACAUGAUACUGCGAUCAAUGAUUCAGUUGGUUCUAAAGAUAGUGAAAUGCCGUUGAGAUUAAUGGUUUGAUUUCUUUUUACAACAGCAUGGAUGUUGCCAAGUAGUAUAGAUAUAUAUAUCUCCGUCCCCCGGCGAAUAGACUAGCCUCAUUGCAAUUGCCGUGGAAUGGAAUGGAAAGGAAUUGAGAGAUUUUAAUUGGCUUCAAUCAUGGAAAGAAUCAUAUGCAACUAUGUAUAACUUCCUUCUAUUGCCACGGGGAACGAAAGCUCGAGGACGAUAUUAUGUAUAUGGGGAGGUGAGUUUGGAGUCCAUUCUCGGUGUGGCCGUGGUAAUGUUGUCUGAAGAACGCAGGAAAACAAAUUUUUGAGGUAGAAUCGCCCACACUGUUGAUGCACCCGAACUUCCUCUUCAUUUCUCUCCACAAGCUAGUUUUGAUACAGUAGGGAAGUUUCGUUCGACUCUGGCUUUGCAAUGACCUCUUCACCAAUAAUGUAUUUCCUUUUGUACCAGCCAUACAGAAUAAAGUAUAACAUGAACAGAUAGGGUUGUU